GCCAAUGUUGAUGCCCUUUUCCUCAUGCAACCUUCUCUCUAGCUUCCCUUUGACUAACUCUACCACUUUAGCAUAUCACCAAACUCUUGUCUUUUCUUUUCUUCUCUUAUCUUCCCUAUGCAAAACUCACCAUAAGCUUUUCUCAGAAUAAAAAAACAAAAUGAUGUCUAAAUUAGCAAACGGGGUUGCUUUGGCUCAAGACACAGAAGAACAAGACUCUGCUUCCGUUUCAUGGACAAACUCAAAUGCCAACAUCAACACCGACGAAUUGAGCCGUGUAUUUGUAUCAUCACUCUGUGCUUAUAAACCCAUCAUCUCUGGAAUCAAUGAAGAAUGCUACGUGGCCAACAACACUACCCAAAACCAAAACAACCCUGAUAUAACAAAGGACAUGGUCUUCUCACAAAACUUUGGUGACAAUCCAUUGCUCCAAUCAUUGGACACUUCCUCAUCCACUGUGUUCACCCACCUCGACUCAUCUCAGGUGCACAACUUCCUUACUCCAAACCCCAUCUUUUCUUCUCUUCUCAGUGCCAUCAACAACCCUUUAGAACAUGGCUUUGACAUGGGUUCUGAGGUGGGUUUUCUUGACCCUCAAGUUUCCUUUACUUCGAAAGUGUUGAACAAAGGUGAUAAUGCCUUCUUGGGUGGUGGCUUCAUCACAGACUUCACCUCAAAUAAUAAUAACCUUUUAGACUCACACCCCAACUUAGAAACUACGUGUAUAAUGUCCCAAGUGACACAAGUUGGUUUUUCGGGUCUUAAGAAUAAUAAUAAUAAUAAUAAUAAUUUUGAUCACGAGGAGGGUUCUAGAAAGGCCUUGCUUCUGAACAAGUCCAACAUAUUGAAACCCCUUGAGUCCUUGCCUCCAUCAGGUGCACAACCAACUCUUUUUCAGAAGAGAGCAGCACUUUGGAAAAACGUGACAGGUAAUUACAAGGGCAGGUGUGAACUUGUUGGUGAAGGGAAUGAUGAUAAGAAGAGGAAAACAUGUAAUGGAGAAGAUGUUGAGGUUGAGGUUGAAGUUGAAGAUGGGAGUUUUGAUGGGUCAGGGUUGAAUUAUGAUUCUGAUGAGAUGAUUGAGAGUGAUAACAAUAAGACGGAAGAGAAUGGUAAGGAUGGUGGAAAUAGUUCAAAUGCCAACAGUACCAUCACUGGUGUGGAUCAGAAAGGGAAGAAGAAGAAGGGUGUACCUGCUAAGAAUUUGAUGGCUGAACGCCGCCGAAGGAAGAAGCUCAAUGAUAGACUCUAUAUGUUAAGAUCCGUUGUCCCCAAUAUUAGCAAAAUGGACAGGGCUUCAAUUCUGGGGGAUGCAAUCGAGUAUUUGAAGGAACUUUUACAAAGGAUUAGUGACCUUCACAAUGAAUUGGAGUCAACACCAGCUGGCUCUGCAUUGACACCCACUCUACCAACACUACCAUGCCGUAUUCAAGAAGAACUUUGCCUCAGCUCAUUGCCAAGCCCUAAUGGCCAACCUGCCAGGGUUGAGGUUCGGUUGAGCGAAGGAAGAGGUGUAAACAUCCACAUGUUUUGCGGGCGCAAACCGGGUCUCUUGCUGUCAACUAUGAGGGCUCUGGACGACCUUGGUUUAGACAUCCACCAGGCAGUUAUAAGCUAUUUCAAUGGAUUUGCUAUGGAUAUUUUCCGAGCUGAGCAAUGCAAGGAAGGUGAGGAUGUCCAUCUGGAGCAAAUCAAAGCAGUACUAAUGGAUUCAGCUGGGUUCCACGGCAUGACCUAGUGUUUUGUCGACAAGCAUACUACUUACCACCAUUUGAAAUAGUCAAUUUAACGCAAAACGUUAAGGUUUUUAAUGCCAAGUGUAUGAUACAGGCUUUCUUAUCAUCCUUUCAGUUGAUCUAGGAAAGCAAAAUUUGACUUGUUUUACCGAUUGAAAGCACUAUUACUGUUGACACCCUUUGCAAGUUCAAGUUGAAACGGAAGUUGAUGGUCUCCGUUUAGUUUAGCGACAUUCUGAAUUUGCAUGUUGAUGUCAAGCUUGAUUCUACAAUGUCACUGUCUUUCAUCAUUGUACACUUAGUAGGGACAAAGCUUUUUAAGCACUGAUUUCCCUUUUUUCACCUCUUUAAUAAAUCAAGCUCACCAAAAAAUUU